GCUCAUAUUUGGACGCUUCGUUGCCUCUCGAUGAGAUUGAUGGUGGGAUUAUUGUUGUUGUCGCUCUUGUUGUCAUCGUCGGCUAGUAUAUGUUAACAAUUGUGACAGUGCUGGACAUAAGUCUUAAAUAAAUAUAUCCUGCUGUAAUGCAUCUGUGUCUGUGUGUCAGUCAGUCAGCCAGGAAGGAUUUAAUUCAAUCAUCGCAUCAUCGUUACUUCAAUUAUCAACUGUGAAAGGCUGCAGCCGUGAGCGGCAUUACUACACAGUAGUAGAGUUGCAUCGAGCCAAAUGUUCGACUGGUGCAUUUCUGAUUUUGUUGUGUGUAUAUAUGUGUGCGUGGGUGUAAAUUUACAUUCUAUGCAUACAUGUGUAAGCUGGCAUUAAUUGUUACUGGCUGAAUGUGUUACAAAUAAAACAAAGCCAGAUCUGUGAAAUAAAAAAACACAUCAAUUGUUCCGGGCACUUGCAUUACAGUUUCAAUUGCAGCAAUUCUUGAUAAUACCACGGAGCGAAAAAAAACGCUGAAUUAAACAUUCCCGCCUCACAAGUUUUUAUUUUAUUUUCAAAGCGAAAGGCAACAACGGUUUUGUAAAAUAAAUAUUAAAAAAAAAGAAUAUUUAUAAUCACUGCAUUUAAAUAUUAUUAUCAUUGUGUGUGCGUGUGUGUAUUUUAUAUAAAUGCCAACAAACAAAGAAUAAUAAAAAUGUACAACAAAAUAUAUUAUUAAAAAUAAUUUUUUAUUAAAUAACAAAAAAAAGCAAAUGCAUUUCCUUGUUAAAAAUUAAUUUAUCAUUGUAAGUGAUUACUGUUGUUGUGAUUCAUAAAAAACGAAGAAGAGAAAAAAAUAAACAAAAAUUACUACUUUCAUCAGCGUAAAUGCAUUUCAGUGCAAGUGUUCGGAUAAUAAAAAAUUAAAAUCGAAAAAAUAAACUACAUUCAUAAAUUGCAUUACACAAGCCAUACAGCCACUGCAAAGUCAAAAGAAUUAAGUGUAAUUUUCAACGGCAUUUUUUCUCCGGGAAAAGUAUGAAAAGAUGAUGAUGAUGACGAUGAUCAUGUCGGCGAAAAUAGUUUUGUUUGUGAUUUUAAAUUGUUUUAAAGAAAUUGCUGCAUUCCAGCCGGAAUUCGUUGAAAGCAUAUCGAAUGUCUCGGUACCAGUGGGUCGGGAUGCCACAUUCACAUGUCAUGUGCGACAUUUGGGAGGCUAUAGGGUUGGUUGGCUCAAAGCCGAUACGAAAGCCAUUCAGGCCAUACACGAGAAUGUCAUAACCCAUAAUUCCCGUGUGACAGUCAGUCAUUUGGAUCAGAAUACAUGGAAUCUCCACAUACGGGCAGUAACCGAAGAGGAUCGCGGCGGUUAUAUGUGUCAAUUGAAUACGGAUCCCAUGAAGAGUCAGAUCGGUUACCUUGAUGUGGUAAUACCACCUGAUUUCGUAACAGAAGACACAUCAUCUGAUGUCAUUGUACCCGAAGGUAGUGCAGUUCGGCUGACAUGUAGAGCCCGUGGUUAUCCUGAACCAAUUGUGACUUGGCGCCGUGAAGAUGGAAAUGAAAUAAUUCUCAAAGACAGUGUGGGCACCAAAACUUUAGUGUCCUCUUAUCGGGGUGAAGUACUGAAACUAGCAAAAAUUUCUCGCAAUGAAAUGGGUUCAUAUCUCUGCAUAGCAUCAAAUGGUGUACCACCAUCGGUUUCCAAAAGGAUAUCCCUGAGUAUACACUUUCAUCCAGUUAUACAUGUACCAAAUCAAUUAGUCGGUGCACCACUUGGCACUGAUGUCCAAAUUGAAUGUCACGUAGAGGCAUACCCCAAAUCAAUUAACUACUGGAUUAAGGACACGGGUGAGAUGAUUGUGGCAUCGUCAAAAUAUCACGUACAGGAUGCAUCCAAAUCAAUGUACGAGACACAAAUGACACUCGUUGUGAGGAAAUUCCAGAAGGACGAUGUCGGCUCGUAUCGCUGUAUUGCCAAAAAUUCACUGGGUGAAGUGGACAGCAGUAUACGUUUGUAUGAAAUUCCUGGACCAAGUCGUAAAACACCGGUUAAUAAACAUGGUGGAAGUAAUGCUGAUGCCGACACCAAUGACAUUUUAAAGCAAAAACAAUUACGCGUCACAUAUCAACCCGAUGAUGAAGAUCUUUAUGGUUCUGCAGAGGAUUUUGAUGACGGAGAUUUAGCUCUACCGCCAUUAACACCAAAUGUCUACUUCACCUCGGCCAAUGCAGCAGGUGGCGGCGGCGGUGGUAAUACAAAUGGUGCUGGGUCCAGUGCCGGAGGAAGUAAUUCCGCUACCAACCACCACCAUAAACAUGCCACACAUAAACCAAAUAUGGUUGGAUCCGAGGGUGGCACUGGUGGUCGACACCACUACAACUCUUUUGAAUAUGGCAUCGCAACGGGUAACAAUGGCGGUGGGGGUGGAGCAAAUGGUGGCGGUGGUGGCAGCUUUAAUGGUCUGCCCGGUGUUAUAGGCAGCAGCAAUGCUGUUACUCGUAAGCCGAUAUUUUAUGGCAAAACGGAUGUACGCGGUGGUCCUGGCACCAUGGACAACAAUAAUGACAUCACCUCCAAGGCAUCGGGCUUCAUGCGGAAAAUGUCAAUAGCACCGCUGGCGAACGUUUGGCAAAGUUGUUGGUGGUGCUGUUGCUUGUGGCGGUGGUGUUGUUGGCCAUUUCACGACCAUCAUUGGCCAUAUUUAAUAGUUUUAUUGUCAGUUUUGUACAGUUUAAUCACAACAACAACGCCAGUAAUAUUUUCCAACAAUUUAUUAUAAUACACAACAACAUCGACGGCAACAACAAGCGAGCGGACAUGAACAUAAGCGCACACAAAAAAAGAUCAGCAGCAUAUACCCAACAACAACAGCUGCAGUAACAAAAA